AUGCCUGACAUUGCUGUGGAGGACGCCUCUUUACCCGAUUCUCCUACUGUCCAGGAAGAGUACCUUACUCAUGCUUUUCCAUCAAUAUUGCAGAGUUUCAAUAGUCAUGUGGCUGCAGCUAUUUGGCACGGGGAGGUAAACAUUCCUCAGAACAAGGGCCCUCUAAAGUGUCAUAAUCACUCUUCCAAGAUCCUUGCAUGGCCAUGGUGGUCAGUAGAGAACAACACCAGAUUCAAAGCCAUUAUUGAGCAGUUUGGGCUGUCACAGUUAGCUCGUUGCACUUAUCGGUUCGUCAACAAGCUUCUAAUCUCCAGUUUUGUUGAGAGAUGGCAAGCUGAGACAAACACAUUUCACAUGCCAGUUGGUGAGAUGACCUUGACCCUGGAUGAUGUUAGCACUAUUGUUGGCCUUCCAAUUGUAGGCAAAUCAGUCAGCGUACCAGAUGUGACAGAUCAUCAUGGAGUUACAUUACUUGUUUAUGGCUUGGGGAUUACUGAACGUGCAGCACAUGAAGAGGUUUCUUUUGCUGGUGGUAAUUCAGUCAGGCUUGAGUGGUUGCGAAGUCAGUUUGCUGGUGUCACAGAUUCAGACCCCGAUGAGGCUAUACAGUGCGCUGCUAGAGCUUAUUUGUUAUUUCUGUUGGGAUAUACACUCUUCAGUGACAAGAGUGGCGGCAGGGUUCCUGUUGUUUACCUUGGCUUAUUGAUGGAUUUGGGAUCCAUUCAUACUUACGCCUGGGGUGCUGCUGUAUUAACAUUUCUAUACAAACAGUUGGGGUAUGCUAGCCGGUCUGGGGUUAAGCAGAUGGGUGGUUAUAUGACUCUUUUGGAGGCUUGGAUUUAUGAGCACUUCCGAGCAUUCCGACCUCACUAG